CACUUGUGGGACAGUACUGAUCUUUGCUCUACUUCCAUGGGAUGUGCUCUACUUUCUAUGCAAUGCAUUGCUACACUGGCCGAUGACAGAUGACUGCUGGUACCUCACUAUAAGGAGGGCUAAACAAAUAGUGUUCUGGGGACCAGAAAGAAGAACCAGCAACUGCCUACAGAAGCUGCCAGAUACCAGAAUAGCUGCACCCAGAGAAUAAUCAUUUGGAAACAAUUGAUCUCUGUAUAUGACUGAUAUUGGACAUAUUUUCAAGAUGGCCGAAGAGACUCCCAUGACAUCAACGCCAAUGAAAGGAAAAUAUUCGUCAAUUUUCAAGGAGCUGGCUCAACUGCCUUCCAGGCUCUUCGGACAUUUCUCAGGAAAUCCGUUAGGUUUGCUGAAUAUGGACAAGAACCGCUACCUGGAGCCACAAGCUGUACCCAUAAGUCCAUGCCGGCACAGCCCUCGCCUGCUUUCUAAUGGCUACUACACCGUGGAUGAAGACAGUCUCUGCUGGGACGAUCUGGGCAAUUUAUCCAUUACGCCCACACAAUAUAAGGUGUCCUACAAAGAGAACAGUGUUAGGAUUUUUAGGAAGCGACGUAAGCCGCAUGCACAGAGAUCUCUUGAUCUGCAGAGCACAGAGCAGGGGGAAGAUUGUCUGUCUCUCCUUGAAGAUGACGUCUGUGAUUGUGAACCUUACAACAGCCGUCCAGAAAGCGCUGAUCUUGGUAAUGCAGCAAACACCAAUGUGAGCCUGUGUCCGAGAACCUUCCCCGAGACAGCAGAGACAGAGGUCACUCUCAAAAAAUCUGGAGAACUUCUUUCCAUCACAUAUUCCCUGCGCACAAACAAUGAUGCCGGUAUCGGUAAUACAGGAAAUGACACUGCGGGUCUGCUUCACGGUACUCCUCCUCGUCGGACAGCAGAGUCAGGGCUAUGUGCCGAAACAUCAGCUCAGCAUCUCUCUUCUCCAUCAUCCCAGCACACGAACCACGAAAAUGUGACUUCGACCCUGCACCCGGUAAGAUGUUCCCCCAGUAUGACAGAGAUGGAGAACUAUGCUGAUGAAGAAUUAGAGCAUAAUUCCACUGGAGGAUACAUGCAUGUGCACAAAGGUGUCUGCACAAUUUCAUAUGAUAUAACAAACUGGACACAAGCAGACAGGCGAAAACUAAACAAGACAUCCUCACCUCCAGUAUACCCGGCUAUAACUGUAAAAGCUUAUACUGCAGAACAAGUUGAUGCUGCAGAUAAGACUCAUCUAGUCAUAUUGUUACUCUGCGUCCUUAUUAUAUUUUUUGCAUGGCUUGUAUUUUCACAACCAAGUUCCAGCGAAGAUCUGUGCAGGCGCAGGAAGGUCACCUAAAAUUGAUUCUGUCCUGGAUUCCCGACCACUAAGUCAUGAUUAACACAAUCAUUAAAGAUCUCAACUCUG